AGUGAUUGGGAACACGUCAGUUCUUCUAUAUUGCACAACCGUUGCUCAGCUUAGCUGCAUAUAAAAGGGAAACGGAGAGCUAUCCGAACAUUUGCAAAGCCUGUCAGCCACAAGCAGUGACAUUUGGUUUGACAUGAGCAUCGUCUAUUGGUAUUGCAAAUCGGCAGUCGUGAGGUGCAUUGACUGAUUGAGUUUGGGAGUAAGGUUCUUUUAACCUAACUUUAUUGAUUUCCUGGUCAUUCCUGUUAUGUAAUAUUUCUUAGACGAAAGGCCUAGUUGUUUUUUAAAUGAAUAUUUAUUGAUGUUGCAUUAGAUAAUAUUUAAAUUGUUUUCUAAUUGUUAGCAUUGACCAAAACUGAAAAUGCUUUAAAGAAUUUGAUUAAACGUCUAGCUGUGCGCGUUUUAAAAACUGUAAUCUAUAGCAAAACGAAGUAAUUAUAAUAAGUGGAAUUAGACUAAUCGCGAGGAUGCCGAGUUGCAUAUAUCAUAGUGAUAAGGUCAAAUUUGAGAAUGCAAGGAAAGAUCUGCAGAAACUCCAAUUCUUACCCAAGAAAUAUGGACCUCGGUUGGCAAUGGCUGUGUGCUCCUGUCGAAAGUAUACGAAGAAAGCUGAUUAUGAUGUGGACAGCAUUGAAGUAAAAGCUGAAGAUUUGGACAGAUUAUACAUGGAUUUUCAACUGCCUAAGUGGGAUGCUUACCCCCAAACUAAAGCUUUUUUUGAAGACGCACAGACCCUUAGCCUUAAUAACCCAAGCGUGAAGAAGUUGCUCCAUGUUCUGGCAAACGCUCUUGACAAUGAUUUUAGUUUCCUUGAGCAGGAAAUGAGAUUGAAACCAACCGAAAUCAAACAACAGAAAACAUCUCCCUCAGCCAUUCCUCACAUCAUCAGGAAGAGAAAAAGAAGUGUUCCAUCAAGACGGACAUCAUCCUUCCGCUAUUUGGAGGGAAUAGCAAAUCCCUUGAAACAACUACUGGCAAAGGGUUUUGUGACAUAAAUAGGAAGUUUGACUGUGUGGUUCAGUUUGAUGGAGAGAAGACAAAGGCGUUUAUGGACAAAGACAAACAGAAGACAAUGGUGACUGUUUGGUGCAAGUCACGUGAAAGUCUCGCGGACAUCACUCUGAGUUUGACAGCAGCUGCUGAGACGAUUCAGUCUGAGGCUUCCCGAAAGCAUCAAAAGGAACGAGAAAGAAGGGCUGCAGCAAGGGAAAACUCAAGGUUCUUUAGCGAGAAAUCUAGUUCUGAUGCCAAAACAGCUUAUAAUUUUGAAAUGGAUCGGAAGGAGAUAAUGUCUCGUGACUUUGAAAAGAAGGUAUUGAAAGAUGAUAAACAUAAGAGGUACCAACCUACGGGCAAGGAUAAGGUGGACCCCUUGAUAGGAGGCCACUGCCUGAAUUGCCUCAAGAUGUACGACUCCCUGAAGGUCAAUGAUGAAAUAUGUUAUUACCACAAAGGCUUCAUCUCCUACAACACUGAAGGUAAAUACUACUUCUGGAGCUGUUGUCAUUAUAAUGUAACUUACCUCAAGCCGACCCACGAGGAACAUUCCACCCAAGGGUGCACAAAUGGACGACAUGUUUGGCGCCCUCACUUGAAGGCAUCAAGGGGAGACAAAUCUGAGCACAAACAUUGGAACAAGGUCCUCAGUGGCUACAAGCACUGAAAAAACUCAGAACUUGAAUGAACAAUUUCCUGAACUGCACAAUGGCUACAUAAUAGAGCCGAUUCAAGAUGGAGAGUAGCCAGAUGUUGGUGCACAUUCUGGUUUGUUAUGAGUGUAGUAAAAUGUACUCCCAGAGUUCCAUGUUGUCAACAUCCCUCACAGGCCAGCACGAUAUAACCAUGUUUCUUAUUUUACUAAUCCUUUCAGGAUAUUUCGUUUGUUUUUCAUAUCAUUGAUUUUUACAUUUUUAGAUAAACGUAUGUCAUGAAAUGGUUGACUUAUAUUGAGAUAAUAUCCAGUACAAUGAAAUACUUUUUCCAUUUGCAUAUUUAUCCCUUGUUUACGUUGAUUGUACAGCCUCUUGUACACUGUUGUAUUGUAUGGUUGAUUGCUUGUUUUUAAAUUUGGUGCUAUGACUUUCUCUGUGUGUAAAUAAUAAUGUAAUGAAUAAAUAUGUAUUUUAAGAAACUCA